CAUCGUCAUCGUCAUCAUCUUCAUCUUCAGCUUCGUCUUUUCUUAUUAUUAUUUUCUCCCUCCUAACUCUUAAAUCAUCCACCUUCAUUCCCAACUUCCAAUUAUAAAUACCCACUCUUUCCCCUCCGUUCAAACGCCCGCUUACUCAAUUCAUCUCCAAAAACACAAAUCAAUUCCUUUAGAAUUCAUUUUCAAACUCAGUUCCUUUGUUUUUCUUCUGUUUCAUCAAUGGAUUUCGGGAAAUUAUCUCGCGCUUCCACCUCUCCCUUUGAUUGCCUUAUGUUUGACUUGGACGAUACUCUGUAUUCUUCCCACACUGGAAUUCAUCAGGCUCUGAAGAAGAACAUCGAAGUUUCUGUAGAUUUUUUGGUGGAACGAUGUGGAUUCUCUACUGACCAGGCUGCGUCUCUUCGAGUUGAGCUGUUCAAAACUUAUGGUAGCACUCUUGCUGGACUACGGGCACUAGGAUAUGAUAUUGAUGCUGACGAUUAUCACAGUUUCGUGCACGGGAGGUUGCCAUACGCACAGAUCAAGCCAAACCCUCAACUACGUAACCUGUUAUGCAGGAUCACUCAAAGAAAGAUUAUAUUUACCAAUUCGGAUCGAGUUCAUGCUACGAAGGCAUUAAGUAGGCUCGGAUUAGAAGAUUGUUUUGAACAAAUUAUAUGCUUUGAAACUCUUAAUCCAAACCUAUCUAUGGCUACUCGUCCUGAUGAAAUUCCAGUUCUCUUGAAGCCUUCUCUUGAUGCUAUUGCAAUCGCAAUUUCUGCUGCUAAUAUCACUCCUCAUCGCACUCUGUUCUUAGAUGACAAUGUGAGAAACGUCGCCGCUGGCAAGGCUCUCGGGCUGAAAACGGCGUUGGUUGGGCGAGCAACAAAAUGUGUGGGAGCGGAUUAUGCAUUAGAAACCGUGAAUAAUCUAGCACAGGCAAUUCCAGACAUAGUGAUGAUCAAUGGAUCAGAAGAAGAUGAUCAACAGGCAAUGGGAAGAUCUAUGAGUGAUCUUGAAACCUUUCUUACUGUUGGGGCUUAAUUGAUGAUAAAUAAAUCAACAUUUCAACUAUUUCAUCAAAAAGAUGAGAUGGAUCGAAAAUCAUGCUAAGAUGUUAAUUUUCUGAUGUAGUGUCACUAGUGUGUAUAUCUUUUCUUCUUUUCUCAUGGAGCUUUGUAAAUGUAUGCACAGUAUUGUCGAACUUAUCUAAUGAAUAAUAAUGUAGAGAAUAUCCAGAACAUUACCGGGCAUCAUCAACUCAGCAUAAUAAUGCUUAUAAUAACAAUAUGUUUCUAAUAA